AUGACUCGCGAUUUCAAGCCUGGAGACCUCAUCUUCGCCAAGAUGAAAGGUUAUCCCCAUUGGCCAGCUCGAGGAGAUGAAGCUCCUGAUGGAGCUGUAAAGCCACCCACAAACAAACUACCUAUAUUCUUUUUUGGAACUCAUGAGACUGCUUUUUUAGGACCAAAGGACAUAUUUCCUUACUCUGAAAAUAAGGAAAAGUACGGCAAGCCAAAUAAACGAAAAGGUUUUAAUGAAGGUUUAUGGGAGGCAGAUAACAAUCCGAAAGUUAAAUUUUCAAGUCAACAGGCCUCAACUAAACAAUCAAAUGUAUCAUCUGAUGUUGAAGCUGAAGAAAAAGAAACCAGUGUUUCAAAGGAGGAUACUGAUCAUGAAGAAAAAGCCAGUAACGAGGAUGUGAGUAAAGCAAUUGAUGUAACUACUACGAAGGCUGCCCGAAGAGGGAGAAAGAGAAAGGCAGAAAAACAAGUAGAAACGGAGGAGUCAGGGGUAGUGACAACAGCAACAGCAUCUGUUAAUCUAAAAGUGAGCCCAAAAAGAGGACGACCUGCAGCUACAGAAGUCAAGAUUCCAAAACCAAGAGGCAGACCCAAAAUGGUAAAACAACCUUGUCCUUCAGAGAGUGACAUGGUAACUGAAGAAGACAAAAGUAAGAAAAAGGGGCAAGAGGAGAAACAACCUAAAAAACAGCUUAAAAAGGAUGAAGAAGGCCAGAAGGAAGAAGAUAAGCCAAGAAAAGAGUCCGACAAAAAAGAGGGGAAGAAAGAAGUUGAAUCAAAAAGGAAAAAUUUAGCUAAAGCAGGGGUUACAACAACCUCUGAUUCAGAAGAAGAAGGAGAUGAUCAAAAAGGUGAAAAGAAGAGAAAAGGUGGAAGAAACUUUCAGGCUGCUCAUAGAAGGAAUAUGAUGAAAAGCCAACAUGAGAAAGAAGCAGCAGAUAGAAAACACAAACAAGAGGAACAAACGGAAACUGAGCACCAAACAACAUGUAAUCUACACAUUAAUCCAGUUACUGAAAAGAGAAUACAAGUGGAGCAAACAAGAGAUGAAGAUCUUGAGACAGACUCAUUGGACUGAAUUUUCCCCUUACCCCCCUUGAUGGAAGAAUGUUACAGAUUCUAAAUUGAGGACUUCAAUAUUAAUGGCAUUAUUACUGUGUUUUGAUUGUUAAAAAUUCCUGUAAGGUGCACUACAUAAAGGUCG